GAGAUAAACUGACGUAUUUAACAGAAAAAAGUAAUUUCUCCGUAUUUUUUAGGACUCGGGGUGCAUAUUGAUUGGGACAGUGUUAAAGCGAAAGUAUAGCAAAAGAAGAGCGAUUCUUUUUUACAAGCCGGUUUCCUUCAAAGGUUAAAUACAACAUUAGAUUUGCUAUUAUUUUCAGAAAUAGAUGGAUUUGGAUGCCAUCGUGACAAAGUGUCUCCAACAGUUGUUUUCAAUGAUGAGUCAGGGUAUUUCGAGCUUAGGGUAUCAGACUUCCAACUCUACUGAAUGAUAUCUGACGAAUGCAAAAGUACAAGCACCUGCAUGGCCAUGUGCAGGGACGUAGCUUCUUUGCAAAAUACCUCUUAGCAACGGUUUACCAUAUGCGCCAUUAACACAGCCAAACACUAUUCUUAAUUAAUGAAGGACAUACCUUUUACCAGAACGAUUUUACCACCAGUGCACUUAGUGUAGAUGAAUAUUCAUUUAUAAUUUAUAGAUAUCAAUUAUUUAGUAUAAAAUGUAAGAAGUAAAGUAAAAGUGGUUGAAAUAAGAUCACGUGACUUGAGAUUACCAUUGAAAGUUUUGAUUCGGGGGAAGGUUGAAUCGAGACUGUGACCUAGUUAUUCCAACCCCACUUCCCAAAACAAAUAUAUAAAUAAAUACAUAGAUAAAUAAAAAAGGAUGAAUUUUCAUUCUUUUAUCGUAUUUUAUGAAGUUUCUACUUUUCCAUCAAAAGCACUUCACCCUUUCUCUAUGAUUUAUGGCUCUGUGAUUUUGCUUGAGGUAAAGAUCGAGUAUAGUCCCAUAUCCGUUCGUUAAAAAUAAUCUUGGUUGAAUAAAAAUACCUCCGAAAUGGAUUCAGAGUACAGGUUCUUUUCUCCCCGCUGGCAUCAUGCAUGAAAAUACAGAUCGUUUAAUUUUUUUCUUCCUCGGUCUACUGAGGGCAUUGUGCUACGAGCUUGUGGCCUUGACCAAAAUUGAAAGGACAAUUCAGUUGUGUUUGAGCAUAGCAAGUAUAGUUCACAGUGAUUUUUUUGUAUGGUUUACAUGUGACUAUACAACUUAUAGAGACCAACAGCUUGCUGUAUAAAAUGGGGACCAUGAAUGGCGCUGUGCUCAUGGAAAGGUGUUUAAUAAAUCUGAACUUAGAGCCGGCUUUUACACGACCACGAAGAGACCACUGACGACUUACGCGAAAGCAGCAAUGGCCAUCCUACAAACCUGUCUCCGACGGUGGCAUUGGGUGAUCACGCUGGCAACAUUCGCGCUGUAUUUCCUCGUUCUUGGACCAAUGUUCAAUUUCAGCAUAUUGUAUUUGAGUCUUCAGGACGAGUUCGAGUCCACUGCGGCAAUAACAGGUUGGUUGGGAUCUUUAUCGGCCGCCUUAGCCCGACUAUUCAGUCCCGUGACCGUUCUGCUCGAGCAGAGGCUAAGCAAGAGGGCAGUCACGUUGAUCGGACUCGUGCUGUUCUGCACAGGACUUUUGAUGACGUCAUUCGUACCGGCGCUGGGCUACGCGUACAUAACGUACGGAGUCCUAUCGGGUGUUGGCGCCAAUCUCACGCUUCAUUCAUCGCUUGAACUGUUGCUGGAAUGGUUUGCGAAGGGCAACUUUGCCCGUGCGAGUGCAAUCGCUUUGUUGGGAUCCACCUCAGGUAUGCUCGCCUUCAGCCCAUUACUGACAAUACUCAUAACUAACUAUGGGUGGCGCAAUGCACUGAGAGUUCUCAGCGGAGGGAUAUUCGUGGUGGGCGUCGCCGACGGAUUGCUUCUGACCGAUCCCCCGACCACAGAGGACACCCCCCUGUUGCAAAAUAGAUACGAGGACACAGAACAGAAUGAGCACGAAAUGAAAAACAUCCUGGAAUGGGGACGGGCCGAUGAGAGUUGUGAAAAGGAGAACGAGGAAAAGAAAAGGACUGAGCAAGAUGACGCCAUUGUGUCAAACCGCGAGUCUUACAAUACCAAGCACGAUUGGUGUGAAGUGCGGCGAAUGAUGCGAAGUCUGGAGUUAUGGUUGUGGUCUGUUGCCAAUUUCCUCACGUUCUUGGGAUGGACAUUUUUCGACAUCAAUUUUGCCAGUUACAUGGCCGGACGAGAUCUCCAUAGCAACCAGAUCUCCUACGUCAUUAUGGCCUUUGCCGGUGGAGAACUUGUCGGGAAAAUGCUCAUUGCGUUGAUAGGAGACCAUCUGCCAUUCCAGUAUCUGUAUGUCGUAGUCUCCACGUGUCUUCUUGCAGCCGUUCCUCUGGUAUUGAUGACCAUUGCCAAGACGUUUACUGCGAUGAUGUCAAUUGCAAUAGCAUCUGGUUUUCUGCGAGCGGGAGCGUAUGGAGUAUUGUAUGCCGCAGGCGCUGAACUGUUCUUAGAGAUGUACGGAACCAGUACCGUCAUGGUUCUUACUCUGGUUCCACCAGGGUUCGGGGUCCUAAUCAGUGCUCCUUUAUCAGGUACACACUAUAAUAUUAGGAGUUGUGAAACCUCGUUCUCGUUUGUGGCUUCGGCUCCAUCCCAAGCUGCAGAAGUAUUUGAGAAAGCCUCUGCAGAAUUAUUUGAGCAAGCUGCAAUAUCCAAAUAA